AUGACAUUUGGGGAACAUCUCAUCAAAGAACGAAGUACUGAGCGCUUCACACUUCGCCUUGUUCCUUGCAGAUACCUGGUCAUCGAAGACCCGCCAAACUCCAAGAUCGGAAGCGCUGGCUCGACGUGUCUAGUCAUGAAAAUCCUCCAGGAAACAUUCCCUGCCGAUUUCCUAUUGCAAGCCCGGACCCUUUUGAUUCAUGCGGGUGGCUACAGUACUCGUUUGCCCCAUGUCAGUGCUCGCGGCAAGGUCUUUACCGCGCUUCCACAAGCCGACAAGCCAGAAGGCAUUCAAGUUUUGGACCUGAAGCUCGUCCUCUACCUUCACUUACUCAAAUCCAUGCCACCCGGUGUGUUCCUGACGAGUGCGGACGGAAUCGAACUCUUUUCAUCAUGCUCACCCUUCCCCAAGGACCCAAAACCAUUCACCAUCACAGCAUUAGCCCACCCAUCCUCAACGCAGAUCGGGAGCACUCAUGGUGUCUACCUGUUACAUGACCCUGAGGGACUCAUCCCUACAGACCGUGCUCGGAUACCGAAAGACCAGUCCGCGUUGUUGUUGAAAUGCCGCAAGUUCCUGCAUAAACCGUCUCUUGACGAGAUGCGAAGGACAUCCAAUUUGAUCUACAACAACUCGUCAGCUUCUAAAAGUCAGGAGGAGGAAGUCUACACGGACAGUUGUUAUUAUUUUGAUCCGCUCACCGCAGCACUCAUGGCCAACGUAUACCCACGUCUGUCUCCAGAAUGCGACCUAGAAGCAUGGGCUGACGUCCUCAGCUUCCAAGACUCCUGUUCCUCCAACCACGAAACAGAAACAAACAUCCGAGCAGUUACACAACAACAACCUUUGAAACAAGCCCUCCGUGAUGCAAACGUCCAACUCGAUGUCAUGGUCCUCAACGCCUCCAAAUUCUACCAUCUCGGGACCAUGCUAGAGUUCAUCUUCGCCACCUGUACCGAUCGCGCGUUCAUGUCUGAACUUAAUAUCCGGAACUCUACCCCAGGGGUCGGUAUCAUCUCUGCGUUUAGUUUAUCAAUUGCUAGAAUCCAGCAACAACAACAGAAACAGGAGCAGGAUCGAGAAACUCCACAAUGGCAGCUAGAAUCUCCACUAUUCAUUGAAAACUGUCACAUCCCACCAACUGCACAGAUCGGCGCUGGAUCCGUACUAGUCGAUACCAACCUCCCCGACACCAAGGAAGGAUGCGAAGAGAGAGUCCAGAUACCCGCGCACACAUGUAUGUUUACGCUCCAGCUCCAAGAACACGCUUUUGUCACGUUUACAUUCUCGGUCAACGACGACAUGAAACGCGCCGUCUCCGCCACGAUUACUACCCCCUUCGAAGAAACGAAUGACGAUACCCACCAGAUCCUCCUGAAACGCCUCAUGAUCUUUGAAUCAGUGCCCGUCUCAGAAAUGCUUACAAACAACAACAACUACAUCGACGAUCGAAAGCAUGAGCAUGAGCACAGACCACCGACAUCACAGAUCCAAGCCUGCGGGAACACCCUGUCACUGUGGACAGCACCCGUGUUCGAGAUCGCGUCGACGGCUCAGGAAAGUACGCGGUUCGCGUUAGAUCGCCUAGCACGGAUUCGUCGAUUUCAAACAGGAGGACAGGGAGGAGAGAGGCCAUCGGCAUCGCCUCGAUCAACAACACCUAUGUUGGGUUGGGUGUCACUCAAGGACGCCGCCCGGAUAGCACGCGAACUUUAG